GUUGGGGCCCCUGUUUGGGCUCUACGUUGGCCCUCACUACACUCUGGUGGUGAACAACCAUCGACACGCUCGUGAGGUUCUGCUUCAGAGGGGGCGGGACUUCGCUGGACGUCCGAACAUGGUCACCACCAGCCUGCUGACCAGAGGAGGGAAAGACAUCGCCUUCUCUGAUUACUCUCCUCUCUGGAAGUUGCACCGACGCCUCGUGCACAACUCCUUCACUCUGUUCGGAGAGGGAACCAGCCGG